GCUGACCAGCCCAUCAGCGAGUGUAAUUUUUUUUGCCCUUAUCAGUUUUACCGCCUUUUCACACGGGUUUUGCCCUGGUAUCUCUUCUUAUUCUGCUUCAACAUGUCUCCAAGCACAACCAACCUCUACGUCAGUUCACACCCUAUCAUAGCCACCAAGUUGACUAUUUUGAGGGAUAAGAACAGCUCCCCCAAGCUCGUGCGUGACACUAUGCGUGAUCUAACUGUCCUGUUAGGAUAUGAAGUUACAAAGGACCUAGAGCUACAAAAGGGCGAGACGAUGGAGAGUCCUUUAGAAUCGUUUCAGGGAGACGUUUUGAAAGAGAAUAUCGCUAUCGUACCAAUAUUGCGCUCUGGCCUUGGGUUCGUGGACGGUAUGCUGAACCUUAUUCCCGAGGCACAUGUGUUGCAUCUAGGUCUAUUCCGAGAGAAGAUGAGCUUGCAACCGGUGGAGUACUAUAACAAGCUUCCAAGCUCACCCAAUGUGGACUCCUGCAUUGUGCUUGACCCAAUGAUAGCUACCGGCAAUACGGCCAUUGCAGCAGUUCAUAUUUUGAAGGAAUGGGGUAUUCCUGGUGAAAAGAUUCGAUUCAUGGGUUUGGUUGCCUCUAAACAGGGAGUAGAAAACCUACAAGAAGCCCAUCCAGAUAUCACUCUAUACUUGGCAGCCGUAGACGAAGUACUGGACUCUCAUGGUUAUAUUCGUCCCGGUAUUGGUGACUCUGGUGACCGAUUGUGGAAUACUCAUGUUUGAGUCCUUUGAUACCAUGAUACAUGACACGGGGCUGUCCAUGUGGUCUGUCGCAGUGUCUCACUUGUUUUGACAGGUCAUUAUGUUUAUAAUAGAGGAAGUUGGUUUUUAAAUAAUAAAAAAUCGAAAGGAACGGAAUCUGGCAUUAUGGAGUUUGCUGAAAUAUUAUUU